UUUCUCUAUUUACCAGUAUACAAAUUGUGUUUCCACAUAAAAAAAUUUUCCCAUUAAAUGCAAUUAUUAAAGAUUGCAUUUAAUAAUUUCCAAAUAAAUCGUAUAAUGUCUUUUUAUGCCGUUGCAAAGGGACGUAAAGUUGGUAUUUACAGUACUUGGGCAGAAUGUCAAGAGAAAAUAAAUGGCUAUAGAGGAGCCAGAUAUAAAAAAUUUCCUACACGCGAAGCUGCUGAAGAAUUUAUAGGCGCUUAUUAUGUCGACGGCAAAAAAAUACAGUACAAAAGUGACGGUAUAGCCGUUCCUUCAGACGCUGUAAUCAAACAAACUGAGUCUAAGCAGGAAGAGGAAAUAAAUGAUUUAUGGCCACCAUGUGAUGGUGAUGAUUAUCAAAUAACAGAUGAUGAUUUGUUGAUGGCUUUAGCUGAAGUUGAGGGACUGCCAGAAACUUCAUUAAAUCGUAAACGAAAAUUAGAAUCCUCAACUGGCAGUUCUUCAGGUAAAAUACCUAGACAUGAAUCCAUAAUUUGGGAACCGGUUGGUUUAAAACAUAUUGGCAAUAUGGAAUUUCUUCUGGAUUCUGAGGGCUAUGUUAUCGUUUAUACAGAUGGUUCCUGCUUUAACAAUGGCCAAAAGAAUGCUUGUGCCGGUUAUGGUGUAUAUUUUGGUGAUGAACAUGUUCUUAAUGUUGGCAAACCUGUAACUGGACGUGUCACUAAUAAUGUUGGCGAAAUUCAGGCUGCAAUUUAUGCUAUCAAAACUGCCAAACGUUUGGGUAUUACUAAACUAUGCCUCAGUACCGAUUCUCAAUUUCUCAUUAAUUCCAUAACACUUUGGAUAAGGGGGUGGAAAGCAAAAAACUGGCGUUUAAAAAGUGGUGAUCCUGUUAAAAACUUGACGGAGUUUAAGGAAUUGGAUGCUUUGUUACAAGACAAUUUAAUUAAUAUAAAAUGGAAUUAUGUCAAAGCUCAUAAAGGAAUAAAGGGCAAUGAAAUGGCGGAUAAAUUGGCACGAGAAGGCUCUGAAAUAUAUAAAAGAAUGCAUCUGACAUAGGCAUUAUGUAGAUUUUAUUUCUGUAUUGAUUAUUUUAUUACGAAUUAUAAAGUAAACCACUUAAGCUAUAUGAACACCAAUAAGGGAUAUUGGAACACAACAGCAAGAAAAAAUACAAAUCUUAAAAUAAAACAAAUGGCUAUUGAAAUUUAAAUAA